CGGAACUGUGGCGUUAUGGUUUGCACACCGCCAUUAAAACUAAAAAAAAUAUGUGGCGUGAAUACGUUUGAAUUUAGCAGCCAAUGUGGGCCUGCUUGCUGAGAUGUAGAAACAUCAAGAACACGAUUAUCUAGUUACUAUUUCACUUAAAAAUGGAAGAGAUACGUCCACUGUUGAGCAAUCAGCCGUGGGAGGGCUCAGAUCUCCCAUCCCCAAACCUGAGACCAAGGCACCAGGAACUGAUCCCAACGCCAUGUGGCCCGAUAAAGCCUUGGUCAGAGCUGUCAUGCUUGGUGAAGCUUUACUUCUGCUUCACCAUCGCCUCUCUACUGGCACUAUUGGCCCUCACACUGACAAACAUCUACAGGCAAAGCAUGGCAACGUACAGCUAUGAGGACGACUUCACUGUAUCUCUCAUCCAACUGGUUGGAAUUUUGUUCUGCAUAUACUACAUCACCAGGGGAAUCCUACAGGAGAACAGGCAGGAGUUGAUAGUGUUUGUCCUCAGUGUGUUGGUGGUCAUGAUGCGCUCUGUGGUCAACUUCAUGGUGCUUCCUCUCCAGGAUAGAAAGGACCUGCUUCUGGUGCGGUUUGUGUGCAUCCUGUGUGUGGGCGUGGUCCAUGUCCUGUGCGCCACUCUGCUCAUCCAAAGGCCCAACAUGAUGGCCUUCCGGGUGGGCGGAGCUCUGGAGAGUUUCCAGGAGCAGUACUUCCUGAUCAACCUGUGCUUCUCCAUGGUCACCUUUGACCUACAGGCCCAGCUGUGCCUUUGCAUACUGAUUAUGACGUCAGGUACAACCAUGUCCUUCACGAACAGCAUCAUCCUGGGCUUUGGAGUGGUCUGGGCAUGCCUUACCGCAGCCAUGGGGGCUAUCGCAGUUUUAAAAGAAGCCAAGCAGCUGGUUUGGGUCUUUGUCCUUCUUAAUGUGCCGGAGGUGGCCUACUUUGUGUACCUGAUGUACAGGAUCAGUGUACACUGGGGGCAGGAUAAGACGUAUACAUUGGAGGCUGCUGCUGUGACUGGAGCUGGGAUCUCAGUGCUGAUCAAAGGCGUGCUUUUCUGGUCUCUCUUCAGAUUGGCGCGCAGCUUCGGCCAGGGCCUGAGGGAGAGGAUGUUUUCACCUGACAAGCAGUAAAGUGCCGUCAUGAGAAGAAAGUGGCUACGGUUACACAGGAUGGAUACGCAGCAAUUUCUACAUUUUGUAGCAACUCUGGUUCUGACCAAUGUUUGAAGUUAAGAACGAGAGGGAAAUGCACUCAAAUGGGCAUUCGACCGGUCUGUUUUUACUGAAGAUGAUUUCACUGCAAGUGCCUUCGGAAAGUAUUCAGACCCCUUUACUUUCCCCACAUUUUGUUACAGCCUUAUUCUAAAAUGGGUUAAAUAAAAAAAUAAAAAUCCUCAGCAAUCUACACACAAUACCCCAUAAUGACAAAGCAUAAACUGGUUUUUAGAAAUGUUUGUUCAUUUAUAAAAAAAAUAAACAUAUUUACAUAUUCAGAUUUAUUUAGUUUAGUUUAAUUUAGUUCAGAUGCAUCCUAUUUCCAUUGAUCAACCUUGAUGUUUCGACAACUAGAUUGGAGUCCACGUGGUAAAUAUGGAUUUGGAAAGGCACAUGCCUGUCGAGAUAAGGUCCCACAGUUGACAGUGCAUGUCAGAGCAAAAACCAAGCCAUGAGGUCGAAAGAAUUGUCUGUACAGCUCCGAGACAGGAUUGUGUUGAGACACAGAUCUGGGGAAGGGUACCAAAAAAUGUCUGCAGCCUUGAAGGUCCCCAAGAACACACUGGCCGUCAUUCUUAAAUGGAAGAAGUUGGCUGACCAUCCAAAAUGAGCAAUCAGGGAGAAGGGCCUUGGUCAGGGAGGUGACCAAGAACCCGAUGGUCACUCUGAUAGAGCUCUAGAGUUCCUCUGUGGAAAUGGGAGAACCUUCCAGAAGGACAACCAUCUCUGCAGCACUCUUCCAAUCAGGCCUUUAUGGUAGAGGGGUCAGACGGAAGCCAUUCCUCAGAAAAAGGCAUAUGACAGCCUGCUUGGAGUUUGCUAAAAGGCGCACAAAAACUCUCAGAUCAUGACAAACAAGAUUCUGGUCUGAUGAAAUGAAGAUUGAACUCUGACCUGAAAGCCAAGCGUCACUUAUGGAAGAAACCUGACACCAUCCCGACAGUGAAGCAUGGUGGUGGCAGAAUCAUGCUGUGGGGAUGUUUUUCAGUGGCAGGGAGUGGGAGACGAGUCAGGAUCAAGGCAAAGAUGAACAGAGCAAAGUACAGAGAGAUCCUUGAUGAAAACCUGCUCCAGAGCACUCAGUACCUCAGAAUGGGGUGACGGUUCACCUUCCAACAGGACAACGACCCUAAGCACACAGCCAGGACAAUGCAGGAGUGGCUUCGGGACAACUCUCAAUGUCCUUGAGUGGCCCAGCCAGAGCCCGGACUUGAACCCGAUCUAACAUCUCUGGCGGAACUAGAAAAUAGCUGUGCGGCAACGCUCCCCAUCCAACCUGACAGAGCUUGAGAGGAUCUGCAGAGAAAAAUGAGAAACUCCCCAAACACAAGUGUGCCAAGAAGACUCUAGGCUGUAAUUGCUGCCAAAGGUGGUUCAACAAAAUACUGAGUAAAAGAGUCUGAAUACUUAUGUAAAUGUUACAAUUCCAUUAAAAAAAAUAAAACACAAUUUUACCUUUUCCUUUAUCAUUAUAGGGUAUUGUGUGUAGAUUGAGGAGGGGGGAGACAUUUAGUCAAGUUUAGAACAGGGCUGUAAUGUAACAAAAUGUGGAAAAAGUCAAGGGGUCUGCAUACUUUCCGAAGGCACUAUAAGUUACAAAACACUGUAAACAAAUUAUUUUAUAAUAGCUGAUGAGCACCACUGAUUAAUUUGUGAGUCUAUGACAUGGUUACUUUUAUCACAUUUUACCUACUUCUAGAGGAUUCAUCUCAGUAUGUUGGAUAAUGCUUACCCUUAAAUGUGCCUACAACACGUACAGUGAGAUGUUAAGUUCUUUGGAGUCUGGAGAACCAGUUUACAAGGCCAAAUGCACAAUGUAACUUCUGAAACAGCUACUGUAUGUAAAUCAAUGCAGAUAUUCUGUACAACAAUUCUUUUUAGGGUCACUUUGCUUUUACCAUAAUUAUGAAUGGAUUAUCACUUUUACCUUAUUAUUUAAAGUGUGCUUGUUGUAAAAUAAACCAAAGACAGUGUUCAGUGGCAUUCUAAUACAUCCAUUGGAAAUUGUGCCCUGUCUAUGAAAUGGUUUAUUUGAGAGGUUUUAUACUGCUAACUUUUUAGAUUUCUGUUUUGAGGAACAAUAUUUAUUUCAUAUACAGUAGUAUAUUCCUAUGUAUUAACUACUUUUGAUAUGUCCAUUGUCUAUGCACUACCCAAAAUAUCUUAGUUUGAAAUAGAUUAAAAAUGAUCAUUAAUCGUUGUUGAAAGACUGAACAUCUUUAUAGGUUUUCGCUGCACAAUAUUGAUUGGUUAACAACCCAUUAUCGUGUUUUUGUAAACUGCAGGUUCUCAAUAAAUGAUGAAAUAAG